AUGAGCUCGAUGAUGAGCACGAUGAGCACGGAUGUGAACAAAAUCGGCGAUCCGAUUCCCGAUAAAGAUUCCCGCUCGUCCGAUCUUGUCCCUUUAUUUAACGAGCUCAUCCCAGUCACUGAGGUGACCUUCCCCCGACUCAAACCCGCUUGUUGUCCCUUGGCUUUCGUCCAGGACCCAGCCUUACGAUCCAAUGACUCGCCGAUCUACAUCCACUCUUCACGCACAAUCCGUUACUACUUCUCUGCGGCCCAGAUGGAUGAUGGGAUGGGGCUUGGCGAUCCUGCAUGGUUUGGGCGGCGUUCUCGGGAGUCGUUAGGUGGGACGCACUCGCGAUCAAUCCAUUGGUCAACGGAAAACUUGGAUGAACUACCCGUGAUUCGUAUCUUCAUACAUGCCUUAUCUAGCCCGGCAUCUAUUCGUGGUUCUAUUUGGUGCGGGGCUUUAACCAUCACGCCGGUUGUCCGUAAUCGAACACGUAUCCUAAUCCCGCCAUCGAUGCACCUCGCGUCUCUAUCGAUAGUACCUACAGGAAUAGCCGCUCUCCGGAAAUCCUACGUGCAAUAUAUAGAUAUAUCACCGGUCACCGGCACCCACCCUUAUUGGUCGCUGCAACAGCUCACGACUGUGAUCCAUGUCAAUGGGGUGAGGGCUCCAACAGAACAUCACAGUCGAUGCCUCAUCAGUAGUUUUAUAGAUGGAGGAAACUUUUUGCAUUUGAGUACCAAUGAGUUUAUCAGCCAUCUGGCUUCACGAUUCGAAGUAUCUAUAUCCAGACAGUGGAACACCAACGUGCAGAAUCAGCUGUCAAGGCACUUGCACCGAUUCUCGUUGUGUUUUAACAUCGGCCAUCAAGGACCAGGUUGGUUGCUAGACGUUCCAUAUAAUUUCACCGUACCCCUGAGUUCAGGCGCGGGUGCUUCGUUCCAGUAG